AAGCAAGGCGCACACCUGCCCCAUGAACACAAGAUCAUUUCAGCCAGCGAAGCUGCAAGGAAACUACGGCAAGAGAUAAAGUCACUCCGCAAGUUAGGUGCCGAGGAGAAUGGGGAUGGGGCGUCCGGUAGCCCACAAUCAAACAUGGCCGAUAAGGAAGAUGAGAAAAGGCAGUUGAAGUCAGCUUUGGAAGCCGUCAAUCAUUCAAUCAGUGCAUUGAACAAGAGAGCUGAGUUCGUUUCUCAAGCAGUUAAUGAGUCUUUCAGUCAAGCAAUGGAGUCCGCAAAGAAACGUCAACAGGCCCUGAUUGACGACAUCGACAAAGACCGUUGGUCAAAGCAGAAGGCGCUUGAGGAUCAAAAACAGCAGCUGGAGCGUGCCUUGGAAGCAGGCGAGCAGGUGGAUGUUUUGCUUGAUCGCUGCGAGAAUGACUUAGAUUUCUUGCGGAUGGCUCCUUGGCUUAACCGACUCCACGUUGAAAUCAGCUCGUGUAAAGAGCGGAACGCACAGCCGGCGGCAUCCGGUCAUGUUACAUUCAAGAAGAGCAACAUUGCCGAGCUGCAGCUUCUGGCGUCGAAGGCCGGUGAGAUACAAGACGUAGCUGUCAACGUAUCAAACAGCACAGUGACGUGUCAGUCCGUCCUCAAGACUCCCGAUGACUUGGAUGUGACGAUCAAAGCGAAGACCGUGAAUGGAGAACCACUCUCCCCGGCCAUAGCAAACCAAAUGGAGUUCUGCAUAUCAGUAAAAGCCGAAGAAGGGGAGACAGUGUACUGUGAGGUCGAGCCUGGAGGAUCUGCAGACGAGCUGAAGGCCAGCCUGAAGAACCCAACACCGGGAACAUAUCAUGUGUCGGUCACAAUGGGACACAGACAUCUUCAAGGUAGUCCAAUGAAGGUUGAAGUUACUGAUCAAGUCCAUGCUCCGGGUUUCAACCCUAAUCAGCGCGGCAACUACCUGCAAUUAUCAAACAACAACCAAACUGUGCAGAUGACAACAUCCGGCCAGUACCAGAGUGUGUGCAGCAUGAAGUCCGGGUCAAAGGGCCAGCUCUUCUUCAAAGUCCGCAUUGAUCAAAUACAUGCCAGCUACAAUCAAAUCCUGUUGUCGGUGUCUUGCAAAGACCCACCUAACGUGAAUGCCCAUGACGCCACAAAUGCCUAUGGUUGGCGUCUAUACAGUGCGAACAGUGGAUACGGUGGUGGACUGAGCCCUACCAUACAACAAGGUGAUGUGGUGACUGUGAUGCUGGAUUGUGAUCAUUCUACGGUUACGUUCACCCUGGAGCGUACGGGUCAGAGCCAGAUCAUUCGCAACCUCACCGCCGGCACUUACUACCUCUAUCUGUGCCUGUAUUGGGGCGGUAGUGGUAGUGUUCCCCAAGUCACGCUAUGCUGAUUACUGUAGGUGAAGUAUAUUACUGUCUGAUCAAGGCACACGUUGUGAACCAUGAUUUUAGUGAUGUAUCCGCGUAGAUUAUGUUCAUUUGCCUACAAGCUAGUAUCCAGCCAUACUGCAUUCCACUAUCAGCUAGCACUCUAUGAGGUAUUGUGACUGCAGGUUAGAAGCGCUUCGAGCUCCUCUCUCAGUGCAGACAGCUACAGGGGAACAAGUACCUCCUAUGUUACCAUGGUAAUAUUUUUUAAACACCUGUCUAGCCAUGGCAACACGUAACCAACUCUCGUCAGAGCAUUGCUGCUUCUUGAUCACACCUCCAAUGAAGUUCACACCGUGUGUCUCGUAUACCGUAAUGGAUCCAGCUAGCGACCCCAGCAGUGAAGUCACAUACCCACAUGUACAUGUACAUCGAUUUUCUAUGGCUCAAUUACAUAUAGUGCAAUACUAGUGCAGUGUACAGUCACAAUCCAACAUCCAAAGUAUGUACUGAUACGUUUUUUGAGGAAGUUUACUUAUUUAUGCUGUUGCCUCUUGUCUGCUCCGUGUGCGGCUGGUUGGGUUCUUUUCUUUAACUUUGCGUUCUUUUCAUUUGCUUGGAGUUCUUUACAUUAAAAAGAUGCGAAUUAUGUCACCUAGUAUGCUUUUUUGGCGCUACACUCUGCGUAUAUACUGCUCUUGUGUGGCUUCCACGUGACGGUAUUCAUUGUUAUUACCUGACGAUGGCCAAGUGCCGAAACGUU